AUUGACACCCAGAAUCUGCACACACCAAUCUUUCUUUACAUUUUCUUCUCCUUUAGUCGCUGAUAGAGAGAACACAAUGGCCAACAAUGGCAUUUUAGCACUGGUACUUAUAUUGAGUUGUUUCGUCCUAAAAGCCAGCGCUUUCACCGCGUCUAGAUGGAUGCGAGCUCACGCAACAUUCUACGGAGGUAGCGAUGCUUCGGAAACAAUGGGGGGUGCUUGUGGAUAUGGUAACUUGUAUGCAACUGGAUAUGGGACUAGAACUGCAGCAUUGAGUACAGCAUUGUUUAAUGAUGGGGCAGCCUGUGGGCAAUGUUACAAGAUAAUUUGCGAUUUUAACACCGACCCUCGAUGGUGCAAGAGAGGAACAUCUGUUACUGUUACGGCGACAAACUUUUGCCCUCCAAACAAUGCUCUUCCGAGCGACAAUGGUGGGUGGUGCAAUCCACCCCGUCAGCAUUUCGACAUGGCUCAACCCGCUUGGGAAAAGAUCGGUGUAUACCGAGGAGGAAUUGUGCCAGUGCUCUAUCAAAGGGUUCCUUGCAAGAAGCGUGGUGGAGUUAGAUUCACAAUGAACGGUAGGGAUUACUUUGAGCUUGUGAUGAUCAGUAACGUGGCCAAUGCUGGAUCCAUCCGAUCAGUGCAAAUCAAAGGGUCAAGAACUAAUUGGAUGACAAUGUCUAGGAAUUGGGGUGCCAAUUGGCAAUCCAAUUCUUAUCUAAAUGGCCAAUCUUUGUCCUUCAGAAUCAUUACUACUGAUGGACUAACCCAAACUUUCCUAAAUGUAUUCCCAUCAAAUUGGGCUUUUGGCCAAACAUUUGCAUCCCCAAUUCAGUUCUAAGUUGAAGAUUGGUUCUCGAGUUUCGGGUUUCAGAGAGGCAGCGGCGUGCUUACUAUUUUAACUGAAGCAGCCCGCCGAAUGUCUUGCUUUAUGCAAUAUAUAUACGUAGUAAUUGUGGGAAAGAUGUGGGAUUUUCUUGUUCAUAAUUGAUGGAACCUGAAACUGAGGAUUGGAAUUGUAUUUAGCAAUUGUUUUCAAAUUUAUUGAAAAAUACAUAUGCACAAUAAGAAGCAGGCAGCUUCAAGAAAGUUGUUUUUC